UCGUCUUCUCUGUUCGUGAGGAAGACGUAACGCCUACACUGUCAUGGCGGCCCUUAUGAGGCUUGUAAACAGAAGAACUUUAAGACCAGCCAUGGGUCAACAAUAUCUGACGUUCAGCUCAGCUGCGAAAGUUAAAGCGGGUGUCGUAAAGGCAGUCCACGCUCUUCCCGAAAAGGUGAAAAUAGUGGAGGUGGGACCCAGAGAUGGUCUUCAAAAUGAAAAGACAAUCGUGCCAACGGAAGCAAAAAUUAAUUUAAUUGACAUGUUGUCAGAGUCCGGACUGCCAGUUAUUGAGGCCACCAGCUUCGUAUCUCCUAAAUGGGUGCCACAGAUGGCCGACCAGAUGGAAGUGAUGAAAGGUAUUAGUAAGAAACCAGGAGUAUCUUAUCCGGUCCUCACUCCCAAUCUCAAGGGUUUCCAGGCUGCUGUGAAGGCGGGAGCUUCAGAGGUAGCCAUAUUUGGUGCUGCAUCUGAGCUGUUCAGCAAGAAGAACAUAAAUUGCUCAGUGGACGAGAGUUUACAGCGUUUUGACGAGGUUAUGAAGGCAGCCAAAGAGGCUGCUGUGCCAGUUAGAGGUUAUGUCUCAUGUGUCGUUGGAUGUCCAUAUGAAGGCAAGGUGGCACCUGAAAAAGUUGCACAUGUCGCUAAGCGUCUGUAUUCCAUGGGCUGCUACGAGAUUUCUCUGGGUGACACAAUUGGAGUAGGAACUCCUGGAAGCAUGAGUGAAAUGUUAGAAGCAGUGACCAAAGAGGUGCCAGUCAGUGCCUUAGCUGUGCAUUGCCAUGACACAUACGGCCAGGCUCUGGCUAACAUCCUUGUAGCAUUACAGAUGGGAAUCAGUGUGGUAGACUCCUCUGUAGCUGGACUGGGUGGCUGUCCCUAUGCUCAGGGGGCUUCUGGGAACGUUGCAACUGAAGAUGUUGUCUAUAUGCUGCAUGGACUUGGGAUUCAAACAGGAGUGGACCUAACAAAGCUGAUGGAUGCUGGAGCUUUCAUCUGUCGAACCCUCAACAGAAAAACCAACUCCAAAGUGGCGCAGGCCACCUGCAAACUGUAGACUCUUUUGGAAACUAAACAUGAUGGUAGUUGCAGUGUAACAGUCAUCAAAAUCAUCUUCUGUAUGUUGAAUUUUCAUUAUUUUAGUUAUAUUUAAUUUUGUUACCAGUAACUUUAAUAUUGGGAUGGUACUGACUCCUUUUUUGUUUAGGGCAAAAUAUAUUUGAAUACUCACUACAUGAAAGCAUUGCUGGAAUAGUGCCUUAUGUGAAGUCAGUCUAUUUGUGCAGAUUCCACCUGUUCCUCAUCUGUUUAAAAGGUGUUAUGUUACUUCUUGAGCAGCAGAUAAGCCUAAAUGAAGCACACACUAUGCUGAUAAUGACAAAUGAUCCAGUAAAAUGUAGGGAUGGAUAAACUUACUGAAGUCAGAAAAGGCAGAAGUCUUGUUUUUAGUUCUGUUUUUCCUGCAUAUGUAGUGAUCAUUGUCUCUUUAAAAGGUUUGGUGUUGUCGGAGGCAUUUGUGGGAACUAUCGGUCCUCUUCAACUUGGGCGUUGUCCUGGUCGAUAAAAAGACCUGGAAAGAAAUUCCACUGAUUUUUGUUUUUCUAAUAUGUGUUAAUUUUUGUCUAUUUAUUU